CGCGCGCGAGAGGCGGAAGUCGGGCGCGGGGUUGGCGGCGGCGGCGCUGGAAUUGAGGGCGUAGCUCGUGCUGCGGAAGGCGCCGCCACGAUGAAGGUGAAGAUGCUGAGUCGGAACCCGGACAACUAUGUCCGCGAAACCAAGUUGGACUUGCAGAGAGUUCCAAGAAACUAUGAUCCCACCUUACAUCCUUUUGAGGUCUCUCGGGAAUACGUAAGAGCUCUGAAUGCUACCAAGCUGGAGCGCGUAUUUGCAAAGCCAUUCCUUGCUUCCCUGGAUGGGCACCGAGAUGGAGUCAACUGCCUUGCAAAGCACCCAAAGAGCCUGGCUACGGUCCUUUCUGGCGCGUGUGACGGAGAGGUUAGAGUUUGGAACCUGACUAAGCGAAAAUGUAUUCGUACAAUACAAGCACAUGAAGGUUUUGUACGAGGAAUAUGUACGCGCUUUUGUGGGACAUCUUUUUUUACCGUUGGUGAUGACAAAACCGUGAAGCAGUGGAAGAUGGAUGCACCAGGCUAUGGAGAGGAGGAGGAGCCACUGCACACAAUAUUGGGAAAGACAGUGUACACAGGAAUCGAUCAUCACUGGAAGGAUCCUGCUUUUGCCACCUGCGGACAGCAAGUGGACAUUUGGGAUGAGCAGAGAACCAGCCCUAUAUGUUCCAUGACCUGGGGGUUUGACAGUAUAAAUAGUGUUAAAUUUAACCCAAUUGAGACUUCUCUCUUGGGAAGUUGUGCUUCUGACAGGAACAUAGUGCUGUAUGAUAUGAGGCAAGCUACUCCCCUCAAAAAGGUUAUCUUAGAUAUGAGAACAAAUACAAUCUGUUGGAACCCCAUGGAAGCUUUUACGUUCACUGCAGCAAAUGAAGAUUAUAACUUGUACACGUUCGACAUGCGCGCUCUGGACACCCCCGUCAUGGUGCACAUGGACCACGCAUCUGCUGUGCUUGACGUGGACUACAGCCCCACGGGGAGGGAGUUCGUAUCUGCCAGUUUCGACAAAUCUAUCCGCAUCUUCCCUGUGGACAAGAGUAGAAGCAGGGAAGUGUACCACACCAGGCGCAUGCAACACGUCAUCUGUGUGCGCUGGACAGCAGACAGCAAGUACAUCAUGUGCGGCUCUGACGAGAUGAACAUCCGCCUGUGGAAGGCCAACGCUUCUGAGAAGCUGGGUGUGCUUGCGUCCCGGGAAAGAGCGGCCCAGGAAUAUAACCAGAAGUUGAAGGAGAAAUUUCAGCACCACCCUAACAUCAAACGCAUCGCUCGGCACCGGCACCUGCCCAAGUCUCUCUACAGUCAGAUCCAGGAGCAGCGCAUCAUGCGAGAGGCGCGCCGGCGCAAGGAGCUGAACCGUCGGAAGCACAGCAGGCCGGGGUCUGUGCCAGUGGUGUCGGAAAGGAAGAAGCACGUGGUCGCAGUGGUGAAGUAGCACGCGGUGUCCUGGUCCUCAGGCGUGGUCGCCUCUUACCUUUGAUUUGGGAACUCUGUAUAUAAAUAAAAGCACUGGCUCUAAUUUAAUGAUAAGCAUUUCAGUUAGGGGAUCGUUUCCUCUCGCUGCCGGCUGCUGAGCCGUCUCUCUCCGCUUGAAGUGUGGCUGAUCUCAGGGCGCACUGCACUGUUGCUCAGGGAACUGUCACUUUAGGCACUGCCUAAACACCCAGCUGCCACAAUAUGAUGUUUGCCUGGUGUCGUGUCUAGGUGCUUAGAGGUGUUGGCAUGAAGAUGAGUGCCACCUGUUGCGUCACUGGCACUACCUGCUGCUGCCACUUGGUUUCCAUAGUGAUGUCCCGGUGACUUGCAUGCUGCAGAGCCUGCUGUUAGACGUGAGCAGUUUCCUGUCAUUCAUGCCUCUCCUAGUCUAGAAAUGGAGCAUGGUUGUGAUGUGUAACUUUAAAGCUCCAACUCUUACCGAGUCUAAUGCACAGAGGCGUCUCAGCAGGUGAAGUAGUCAGGGUAGAGCCCUGAGGCAGCACACAAGGGUGGUGAUGCCAUGCGAGUGUUCCGGGGCGUGGGGAGACAAGGCUGCAGGGCUGGCGGUGCCCCCCACGGGCCUCGCUGUGGCGCCCGUGUCAGUCUGCCGCUCCUCAGCCCUUCGCCCCAUGCUUUACAUGGUUUCCCGAAGAAAGAAGGGGAAACCUGAGAAAUGGCUGGAAUGGGCAAGAGAGGACAGGCCCAGACAGCGUGGUUUCGGAUUCCUGGUCAGCACGGGUGUUUGAGCAAUGGAGCCAAAGUGGCCCAAGAGCCCUGCAGUCCACAGUGC